AUGUUCAAAUUUCUACUAAUUAUAAGUUUAAUAAGCAAAAUUCAUUCAUGGACAUGGUAUGAUUAUCCACCGCCUAGACAUAGUUAUUAUACAUGUGGAGGUUGGUAUCCAAGCUAUGUUUGUGAUCCUGAUUUCAUGAUAAAUAGUGAUCAACGAGAAGAAAUUGUUCGAUUGGUUGAGGAUUUUAAGAAUAAAACUAAAAGACCAAAUUCAACAAUUCCGUGUAUGAGAGAAGGACUUAGACUUGUUGUGGCCUUAGCAAGAGAUAAAAUCGGUUAUGAUGAUACUUCCUCAGGAAUAACUGUAUGUUUUAAUGAGCUCUUAUCUAAUGUUUUUACCAGGGUGGUAAAUUUUCCAAACCACCAAAAUAAGAAACAGCCACUUAAAAAUAGGUUAAAAAGAUGGUAA